AAAACGUGAUAGUACCCACUUCGUGCCACAGACUGCCCCAUUAGUAGACAGAGUAAUUUAAACGAAUCGGAUAUUUAUUUAUUUAAAUCAGUUAUAAUAUUAUUAUUUUUCUGAACUCUAUUUAUACCUGUGUUUGACUCGGUUUGACUUUAUUUCUUCGAUUGACGUCAUCAUAAUGCUUCCUGAAUCUAACGCUGCUCCUGGGUACAUGUACGAUGAGUGCAAAGCCACGGCUGAUUGGCUACUGAGCCAGCUGUCCAUGCGCCCCCUGGUGGGCAUCGUGUGCGGCUCGGGGCUUGGAGGCCUGGCCGACAGCCUGAAGAACCAGGUGGUCUUCAAGUACAGCGACAUCCCCAACUUCCCCAAAAGCACAGUGCAUGGCCACGCUGGCAGACUGGUGUUUGGAACUCUGAAGGGGACGUCAUGUGUGUGUAUGCAGGGGCGCUUUCAUCUCUAUGAGGGUUACCCCGUUCAGAAGAUAACGCUGCCCAUCCGAGUGUUCAACCUGAUGGGAGUGGAGACGGUGAUUCUGACCAACGCGGCCGGAGGCCUCAACCAGGACUACAGAGUGGGAGACGUCAUGAUCAUCAAGGACCACAUCAACAUGCCGGGCUUCGCUGGGAUUAACCCUCUAGCCGGCCCUAACGAGGACAGGUUCGGAGUGCGUUUCCCCUGUAUGUCUGACGCCUACAACCGCAAGCUGGUGCGCUUGGCCCACGAGGUGGGGGCGGAGCUGGGCUUUGAUGAGUUUCUGCGUGAGGGCGUGUACUGCAUGCUGGGUGGACCAUCUUUUGAGACUAUCGCCGAGUGCCGCAUGCUGAACAAGCUUGGAGCUGACGCCGUCGGGAUGAGCACAGUUCACGAGGUGAUCGUGGCGCGCCACUGUGGCAUGCGCGUGUUUGCCAUGUCACUCAUCUCCAACCGGUCGGUGAUGGAUUACGAGAGCGAGGAGCGGGCCAAUCAUGAGGAGGUCCUCCAGACCGGCGACGAUCGUGCCAAGCAGCUGGAGGUGUUUGUGGCCACCUUCGUCUCCCGCCUGGGGCACGCCAGCAAUGGCACGCACUGAGCACGCUCCAACAUACUGGAUGCUACCACGCUUGACUCAUAAAAACAAAACAAAAAAUAUAUUAAUACAUACUUCCUCUCCAUCAGGAGACAACCCAGUUGGACCAAAAUAUAUUUAUAUAUGUAUAUAUUAGUCGCACUGACUAGGUACAAGACAAAUGAUCUAAUUAACAAUUGCACAUUCAGAGUACUGACAGCAACAGCUAGUAUACGUACUUAAAGCUAUGAUAUUAUCAAACUAACCAGCAGAAGGUGUUUGCUAAGGGUGUGCGUUUUUUAAUAUUAUAUAGCUUACUAGCUUUCAGUUUUUGUUUUUGAUUAUGUUUGUAUUAAGGCUAGGGUUGCAAAGGG